UAGUAUCUAGCCAAUGAAAUCUUUUUUCUAAAAUCUGAUUAGUUUAGGAACGUAUUAAAAUAAAUAAGGUUAGAAAAAUGUUAUUGAUUUUUAACUAAUAGUAAAGUGUAGUAAAGUGAAUUUUAAUAAAAGAAAAUUAAUGCAAUAUCACAGUAAAUAUGUAUACUGUAAGAAGUGCAAUGUCAGAGUAUUUAUAUAAACAACUUAAGUAAUAUAUAAAAAGAUGUUUUGAAAUUAGAUGUGAAAUCAGUUGUAAUAUUAUUUAUGCGUAUUUCGCUAUCAAAACACUUACUAACAAAAUGUAAUUUUACAUUUUUUGUAACCAUUUACAGUAAAAUGAAGAAAUCUCCAUUAUUUUAACAUAAUUUUUAAGCAUUUACAAUAAAAUGCAAUAUAAUUUUUUUUUGUAUGUAUUGGGUUACUUAAUUUGCAUAUCUCGAAAAAUUUGUUGUAUGAAAAAUUGUUAAUAUAUACUAAAAUUGCACAACUUUAAAAGGGUCAUUAUAUAGUGUAUAAAUUUAGUUUAUAAGUGAAGGCGUUUUAGAGAUUUCAAGAUCAUCUUUUCUUUUAGGAUAAUAAGUUGUUCGAGAUCACCAGAAUUCCAGCGCAUCACGCUUAUAACGCGUGGCCGCGUUCUUCCCGCUCGUGCGGCGAAAUGUUGUCGCGAGCGGGAAAUCUAUGCUGUUGCCAAGUAGUCAAAUUCCAUUUUCGGCAAACAAUAACAGCGAGCCUUCUCGAGAGAUCUACGGAAAUCAGUAACCGUCGCAUAUUUACUGAAUUCUUGCCGGGAUCUUUCAAGAGGAAUCGUUGCUUAUAUAAGGGUCAUCUAUCGCGCGCGCUCCGCAGUCGCAUUCCGAGCAAAACUGGAAAACGUCAAGGAAGAGUUACUCAAUGCCAAACUGAAGUUCUAGUCACAUAUUUUGAGCAACAUUCCCAUGUGGCAAACUCUUUCCACAAUACUCCGUGCUUUACAUAAUGUCUGAUUAUAAAAAUACUGCCGACUCCACUGAGGAUAAGGUGCCAACAAUGUCAUAAGCCAUGGUUCCAAAGGAUAUCUAGCAAUUCCUGUAAAUACAUAUACACACAGUCAUGAAACUAAUUGUUUGAUUAAAAGAUGUAAUAGAUGUUUAUUUUAUGCUACAAAUUUACGAAAUAUUAAAUUUUUUUAGAAAAAAUUGAAUUGAAAAUGAAAAUUCUAGUGAUAUACUUUCAUCAAAACUAUUGUUUUUUAUAAAAAUAGAAAUAAGUAUUGUAAUAUUUUUGAUUGUAUAUGAUUAAUUAUAGAAUAAAAAUUAGAAAGAGUGCAGACGUCA